AUGCCAGUUCCUCCCAGUUGCUCCCAGUGGUUCCCAGUCCCUUCCCAGUUUGUCCCAGUUGCUCCCAGUUCACCCCAGUUCAUCCCAGUUUGUCCCAGUCCCUUUGUCCCAGUUGGUUCCGUUCCGCAAUUUCAAGAUCAUUUACCGUCGCUACGCCGGCCUCGGGUGCUGCUGCUCCCAUUUUUCUCCAUCCCAGUUGCUCCCAGUCCAUCCCAGUCCCUCCCAGUCCAUCCCAGUUGCUCCCAGUCCAUCCCAGUCCCUCCCAGUUUACCCCACACCCCUCCCAGUCCCUCCCAGUAACUCCCAGUGUUCCCAGUUCCGCAAUUUCAAGAUCAUUUACCGUCGCUACGCCGGCCUCCAGUGCCCUCCCAGUCCCUCCCAGUCCCUCCC